AUGUUCUCACAAAAAAAGCCAUAUUCGGCGGUCACGGUCGCCAUUGAUCGGCUCACUAGUGAACAGUUUGAGGAAGACGACUUCAGUGGAAUUCCUGAUCUUGUCGAGGUCAUUAAACUUCAAUCUUCCGGUCCUGCAGAAGCAGCUCGAGCCAUCAGAAAGAAGCUAAAGUAUGGAAACGUACAUCGGCAAUUGCGAGCCCUGACUUUGCUCGACGGCCUUAUUCAGAAUGCUGGUCCACGAUUCCAGCGCGCGUUUGUUGAUGAACCUCUACUUGAGCGGCUUAGAGUUUGUGGUACCUCUGACCUGUCCGAUCCAGAAGUGCGGAAGAAGUGUUCGGAGCUUUUCAGAAGCUGGGCUGCCGAAUACAAGAGCACCCCUGGUCUUGAACGUAUCGUUGUUCUUUACAAGCAACUUCCGCGCCGAAAGCAGGUCGUAACUCAGGACAAAUCAAAGGUAGUGCGUGAAACUGAUAAUCCGUUCCACGAUUCAGAAGACGAGGCAGAUGCAGCGCCCAAAAGGCAGUCGCCUCCUCCUCAAGCAUCAUCUUCUAGACCAACUCCGGUGGCGCAACCACAGACGAACCAGACUGUUCAGUCUUUUAGCCAUACCAAGUCGUCUUCGAGGUCAGGUUCAUCCUUCUUUGGCUCCUCCAAGGACAAGAAAAAAGACAAGGACAAGAGCAAGAAGAAGUCUCGACCGUUCAAUCUCGAAGCUGAGAAAGACGCCAUGAAGGUGGCAGUCGCCGAAGCGUCCAUCUCGGCAACAAAUUUAACGAAUUCACUCCACAGUAUCAACCGUGAGCAAGAAAGAAUCUCAGAAAAUGAACUUGCAGUGCAGCGUUUUGAGGCUUGCAAAAAGCUUCGAAGGAAGAUCUUGCGUUAUAUUUACCAUGUUGAGGAUGAACAGUGGCUUGGGGGUCUGCUCCAUGCUAAUGAUGAGCUUAUUCAGGCGCUCAUGACUUUUGAACAACUCGACCGCUCUAUAGAUGCCGAUAGUGAUUCCGAAGAUGAACUGGCAGAACAAGCCCACCUUUACAGAAUGGCAACCGAGAAAGGCAAGCAGUCUACGUCUCCAUCUGGCGGUGCGAAUGCUGGCAGCCCUAUCCCAGAGAUGGAUGAUCUGAGCAUUGCUCCUACGCCACCACCUCGUCCGACACCACCGCCGCGGCCCUCUGGAUCGUCGAAGUCGACGGUGCCCUCCAAACCCUCCCCCCAGCCGGUUCCCGAGGACGAAGAUGAGGACGAAACCGAGGAUGAGGACGAUCCAUUCGCUGAUAGGAAUGCCGUGGUGUCACCCGGGUUGGAGAAAGAUGAGCCGCGUUGGUGA